AUGGCGACCUCAGGAGGGAUGGAUGCGGAAUACAUUGGGAAAUAUAUCAAGAUUGUGAAGGAUUCACUCGCGGUGAGUUCGCACGAACGUAAGCUUAUAUCAUUGUGAUAAAAACUGAGUUAAAAGAAAGCCUUUGACGGUAUACAGCUGUAGAUAGCCUGUACUUUUGGUCCUCUCCUGUUUUACCAAAUUCCUGCAAAUUUGAUUGAUUUUCUAGUUGUUUUAUGUAUUAUUUAUUACUCUCAUUCCUCUCUUCUCCUCACCAAAGUUCUGUGAUUUUCCUUCGGAGUGCAAGAAUUGACUUGGGACAUUCCAUUCUUUAAAAUCCUAGUAGGAAUCCGUUUUCAAAGGGACUGACAAAAAAUGAUGGGGUAGGAAAGGCUCCAACAAAAAAGUGAGGUGGUAGUAAUUUCCUCAUCAAAAUGUUGGGAAAAAAAAACCUUUUCUUCUGUGUAUUUUACACUGUUCACCCUUCAAGCAGAGCCUCUUUUUGUCUUUUAAAAAAAGGCUCUGCUGGCAGGGUGUACACUGUUAUGCAAGUGUCCAAAAACUCGCACCCCCUUCCCCAGAAAUUUGCCCCGAAUUAUUAGACCCCCCUACCCAUAGAAAAUUAACCCGGACUAUUGAUCCAUAUUAUAGCCUGCAUAAGAGGUGCUUAAGGAGCCAAGCGAGGCAAAUGCGACUUUUCACCCGAAAAAGCGUGACGGUUAACCUUGUAGCAUGAUAUGUGGUGGGAGAGUGACAUAAGCUACGCAAAUGGUUUUAACUUUUAAAGCUGUGAGAGGCCUGGAACGAGACCGAGUGAAAGAAAGGGGCAAGUGGUGAAAAAGAAACGUGAAAUGUAGCAAGACAAGUGUGGGAAUUGUAUUGACCUGUUUUAUUUUUUGUGAGUUACCUUUGUUGUAAAAUCUCCGUGACAAGCGCUUGUGACUAGUCCAUUGUUCUGGCCCUUCUGCCCACCUACUCCUACAAGUAUUGACUGACAGUGGUGAUGACUAAAGGACCAAUCAAAACAUGAUCCAUUAUUCACAAAAACUGUCACCUUUCUGGCUCCCAGAAACACCCACAUAAACCACAGGAAACAAUAAUAGCUCCAUUAGUGCAUUGAAAUGCCUUUAAAUGUAAGACUCAGUGGAGCAAAGAUUUGCUCUGCAGUCAAAGUUAAGAAUGUUCAAACACAAUGGCAGGAAGGAAAAGAGGGAAAACCUGAUGUUUAAGCAAACUCUUAGGUUAUGUUUUACAUUGUCAUGAGCUUAUGAGUCAUGUUUGGCCUGUCAAUGCUUUAUUUCAAAAAACCGGUAAAUAAGGCCUUUUCCAAACCCAGUUGGAAGCAAUCCAAGAAUAUCCUUCCUCUUAAGCAAUAAAUUUAAACACUUCUCUUGUUUUCCUCUGUAUCUGGAAAAUUUUGGAAUAAAUGAAGAGCUUCUCAAUCAGCAUGGUCAAAAAAACAUGACUGCAUGACGGCUAUUUUGUUCAAGACAAACAUGCCAGAAUCACACCAGAACAACACAUUAUAAAUUAAUCAACUGGAAUGCAACGUUCAUGUAGUGAAUGUGGGAGGAGCCAGAACGAUGCAGGCUACCCAUAUUAAUAAAUUUCCCCAUCUUUAGUACACAAUUAAUAGCCCCCAAGUGUAUAUUGUAUAACAAAUACUUGUAAACUCUCUCACUCUUUAUUGUACUCUAUUUCAAUAUUGCCUCUACCCCUCAUCAUCUUGUUUGUCCCACUUACAAACAAGGUUUUAGGGCACUCUUCAUCAGACAAACUGUAUUCACCACCCCUAUUUCACCACGACCGCAUGGAAAAAUGCCAUCCGAGCAAAGAGAAGAGCUUUUAAGAAGUAUCUAAAUGAAAGGACAGAACAAAACUGGGAAGAGAAAGUGAAAUGUCGAAAUGAGGCAACCAGACAACGAAGAAUUGCUGUACGGCAAUACUGGAAGAAAAAGACGUCUGACCUUAAAGAAAACCCAGGAACGUUCUUUGAAACUUUUAAACCGUUUCUUGGAUCUAAGAAAGGGGUCUUGGGAACUGAUAUUAACUUAAAAGUUGACGGCAAGAUCAUUAGCAACCAAGAGACUGUUGCGGAAAUAUUAGCAGGUCACUUCGCUACGAUAGCAAGCGAUAUUGGAGAUGUCAACUUAAGAAACUCCUCGGAGAAUGACUUAAAUAAUCAUCCAAGUGUCUUGCAAAUACAAAUGGCGAGUAUCUCAGAACCAAUGAUCGAGUCCAAUCCAGUCAACCAAGCACAAGUUAGAAAGGCUCUGGAGUCACUUAAUACGAGGAAAGCAUCAGGAUAUGACAAUAUGCCAGCCAGAGUACUGAAAUAUGGAGCGGAAAAACUUGCUAUACCACUGGCGAAUCUGUACAAUUCAUGUAUUACAAAUCGACAAUGGCCAAACAACUGGAAAAGGGGGGAAUGGACGCCCGUCUUUAAGAAAGAGGAUCCACAAGAUUGUCGGAACUAUCGACCAAUAACUGUCCUUCCAGUGGUUAGUAAGGUGUUCGAGCAGCUACUUAGCGACCAGAUUUCUAAGCAAUUCGACAGCCGUCUGGAUCCCCGAAUUACGGCAUAUCGUAAACGCCACAGUUGUGAAACAACAUUGAUAAGUCUUAUUGAAGCGUGGAAAUCAGCACGUGAUAACCAGCAAAUUGUUAAAAUCUUAUCUACCGACUUGAGUAAGGCUUUUGAUUCGCUUCAUCCGUCCUUAAUGAUCAGCAAAUUAAAAGCGUAUGGUUUUAAUGACGAACUAUGUGAUCUACUUCGAUCUUACCUGUGUAAUCGAUUGAACCGAGUGAAACUGGGAGCUUUCAGAAGUGAAUGGAAGCGUACAGAUAGGGGUUGUCCACAAGGAUCGGCCCUUGGCCCAUUGUUAUGGAACAUCUUUCAAAACGAUCUGACAUACGUAAUAACUUCGCAUCUCUCUAUAUACGCGGAUGACCAUCAAAUGUUUGAAACAGCGGGGAACCUGAAAAUGGCUGACACCAAUCUUAUGAGGAAUGCCAAUAGGGCCUCCGAAUGGUACGCUAGCAAUCUGCUACAAGGAAACCUGAGCAAAUAUCAAACUAUGACUUUAAAGCAUAACAAGACAGAAAGUAACACUCCAUUACACUUUCAAGGAAACACCAUCGAAUCUUCUGACUGUCUUAAGUUGCUAGGGGUCACCAUAGAUGAACAGUUGAAUUUUAACACUCACAUUAAUGAAAUAUGUAAGAAGGCGAGUCAAAGAGUAGGUGUAAUGUUAAGGCUUAAAAAACUUGUCCCUACCAAUGCUAAAUUAACUCUGUAUAAAUCAGCCAUAUUGCCUUACUUAACCUAUUGCCACCUGACUUGGCAUUUCUGUAGUGCUACCGACAAAAGAAAGCUUGAACGGGUCCAAGAAAGAGCACUACGCGCAGUUUUCCUAGAUAAGCAAUCAAGCUACCAAGCAUUGCUGGACAAAAGUGACCUAACGACUCUUCAGAACAGAAGACUGCAAGAUAUUGCUAUCCUUAUGUAUAAGGUGAAACACAAACUAUGCCCCAUCAAAAUAUCCGAGCUAUUUCACGCGCAUUGCUCACCCUACAACUUGAGGACGGCAGAGUUCGCCAUUCCCAGAUUUAGGACCAAUAAAUAUGGUAAACACUCGCUCACCUACCUGGGACCAAAGUUGUGGAAUAAGCUGCCAAGCGAAAUCAGAACUCUCCCAUCAUUAUUUAGUUUCAAAAAUUGUAUUCGUAAAUUUGAUCUAGGUGUAAUGAUAGACGACGACAAUUGCUCCAAUUGCAUCCUUUGUAAUUCUUAAUCUUUAUAAAUCAAUUAUUUCAUUAGUUGAUAGUUAGUAGGUUUUUUAACUAUAUUAUAUUGUUAGGUAACUAUAAUUGCAUCCUUUGUAAUUCUUAAUCCUUUGUAAUUCUUAAUCUUUUUAAAUCAAUUGUUUCAUUAGUAGAUAGUUAGUAGGAUUUUAACUAUAUUAUUUUGUUAGGUAACUAUAUUAUAUUGUUAGGUGUCCCCAAUUAGUAGAGGGGUUCUUAACCCCAUCGGCUAGAGAUUCCAAGACACAUUAAUAAAGUUCAUGUAUGUAUGUAUGUAUUUGUAUAUUGUUGGCAGAACUCUCCUCUUAAUUUGUUCUUUGUGUUUUCACUCUCAAGAAAUUGAAAUUUCAGAAAACAACCUUCUUCUUAAACUAAUGAGACACAAAACAUCUUCACUUUGCCAUUCUUUCUUAAUGUUUUGAAAUAUAAUGCUUUGCAGAAAGUGAUGAAAUCAGCAAAUGAUGCUAUAAAUCAAAAUGCAGAAGUUGAUCUUCGAAUGUAAGUGUGUUUUUAAGUUUAAACUAUUUAAAGUUGUAAACAGUGGUAGCCUGGUAAAGAAGUUUAAAGAAGAGAACAGCACAAUAGGUUUAAGUUCGUUUCAGCAGAAACAUGUGGCUUUAAUUUUCUAUUUAACUUAACUUUUCGUUUUCUUUCUCUGAAAUUUAUUAGCAUACAUUACCAUACACAAAAACAAAGGAAAAACAAAAAUUUAAAGUUCUAAUAAAAAAUUAACUGUAACAUACAUGUAGUAAGAUAUCUAACAAAAUAAUAUUGCAAUUACAGGAAUAGGAAGAAUGUAAAAACUUAUACGUGUAGUGUUAACGUCAAUUUAGAAUCUUUUGUUCAAUGAAAUUAAGCGUUUGAGGGAGGACUUUUUCCCAAAGAUCAUGAAAUAUUGGCUUCUUUUAUUUUUUUGUUGAAAAGAGGUGUUGAAGGGCAUGAGCAGAAUCUUUCAGAAUUUUUUUUUUUAACCACAAUCAAACAAGAACAAGUAAAACAACAAAUUUUAUUCAAGCCCGACUGUUAAUAAAAGUUAUAUUUAUUACAUAUAAUUUUCCUUCUCCUAAAUAGCUAAGUAACUAGUCAAUACAUAAAGACAUAUAAUCUUUAUUUCACCUCAAACUUUAGAGUAGAUCGGUUAGUAAUCAAGCCUACUUCAAGCUUUAUUUCCAUUGCCUGAGAAAACAGCCAAAAUUUUGUGACACUACCACUAUGUCCACUGUUUCUCAGGCUAAUAUUUCCAAGAAAGAAAUUAAGAUCUCAAAAACUAAUAAUAGAAAUUAAUGUAACUGGUCAAACAUAUCAACAAUAUUAUUAUUCUUAACCUUAUUUUGUUCCAUCAGAAUUAAGAGUAUUUGUUUUAUUACCCCUAAAAGCAUCAUAAAAGCCUCAUUACUGUCAAACCAACAAAACCAUACACCUGAAAUAUUUCAGGAAUGUUUAUUGUGUUACAACCAAUCAAAUAUCAGGAAAUGCAAUCUAGCCACAAAUCAUUAACAUUCUUUCAUGCAGUUUAGUUUCUCAAGCCUUCCUGAUUGGCGUUUUCUUGCAACAUAAUAACAUUCCAGACAUAUUUCGGGUGUUCACGGUUUUAUAAGUUUGACAGUAAGCAUUAUACAUGUAUAAUGAUAACUAUUACUAUAUUAUACUUUUAUUGUUAUUUUUAUGUUUCAGGAAAUCAGCCACUCAAUCAGAGGGUACAAGCAACAAACUUGAGAAACAUUUGGAAGAUUUUUAUACCGCAUGUGACCAGCUGCAACUUUAUUUGGUAAUAAUUUAGAACAUUGUUUCUAUCUUACAUGUAUGUCUGAAGUAGAAGUUGCCAGAAAUGUUUGCUCAUUUCUGCUUUGUGUUAGUGGCAUUUUAACCAAGAGUAUCAAGAGAUAAUGGUUUAUGGCUUUAUACAGCAUGACAAUUUGGGUCAGAGAAGUGUUUUUUUUGUUGUUAUUUCCAUCACAAGGGGAAACACUGAAAAAAAAAACCAUCAGACAAAACCAGAUGGGGUGUAAAGAUUUACAACGAUACCAUCAGAUGAUGGUUAUGAUUGGCCAUGCAGGAUUAUUAGUAGCACUGUAGUCACAUUAAUGAUGGUUCACUUUUAUCUCCAAGUCUAAGUUGAAACACUUUGAAUGCUGUGGUCAAUGUCAAGUGACUAAUAGUGGGCUAAACAAUAAAGCAAUGCAGUACUGAUAAAACCAGGAAGGAUAAUUUAAUUAAUCAUAACUAUAACAAAAUACUCUUAUCUGAUUGGCUGUCAGCAGCUCUGAUUUCAGUGUUAACAGGACAGUGUAUUAAGACAGUACACAUCUAAGAACAGUGUAAUGGACAGCUCAUGCCAUCGCACACACGCUCUUGAAAAAAAAUGGGUUCUUUUAUCACAUCACAUCUAGCAAAAAACUCUUAGGUCUUGUCUAUUAAUUUUUAAAAAAGUUUAAAUUAUCACAAAUUUUGUUAUAGUUAUGAUCAAUUGUUAAUAACACAUUGUGUCGCACGAUUCAGUUUGUAAUCAUGCUAAGCCUGAUUUUUUCUCUAGGAAAUAAUGAGAGAAACAGAAAACCAAACACAGCUCAGCAUGAAGUACACACCUAAACCUGUCUCCAACAGCAAAACAGAAAAUGUAACAGGCACGCAGACAUACACUGAGUAUUUGUCUACUGUAAGGACACAGAUUGCUGCCGCUAAAGAACUGCAAGAACUUUUGUCAGAUUUCUGCCUUGCUCAGUUGUCAUAG